UUACUUUAAUGGAAAUAUGAAUGCAAUUCCACUAUGAUCCCUUUUUAAAACGUUUAUUUAAAGAUCAUACAUCCUCCGGUCUUGGCAGGCCUGUAGUUUUAUUAAACUAAAGCUGCAUAUAGGCUCAGUUGCAUCAGAUUAGACCACUGUUCAUCCGGGAUGCAAAUAAACAUGAUAGGGUAUUAAGAGGCUUGAGCGGAAAGGGGUGUGACGAGGGUGUUGUAUUUCAUGUCAAACCACCUGGUGAGGAGGCACUUAAGGCUCGCUGGCUCAGGGUGCCAGCGCAGUAGAGAGACGCCAGCCACUCAGAGAGGGCCGAAUAACCUGAAUGACUACACGAUCAACUGACGGCUUGAGAGUUUAGAUCGAGCGAUGGAGAGCAGGAUCAGACCUCUGGGCCUGGCCGGGCCCACGACCAACCCGCUCGGGAGCUUGCAAGUGCCCCCUUCCCUCCUGCGGCCUCCGCCUCUCUUCCUUCGGGCGUGCAACCCCGCGCUGGAGAGGGGGUACCCGCGGACCCCGAAGUGCGCCCGGUGCAGGAACCACGGCGUGGUCUCCGCGCUCAAGGGCCACAAGCGCUUCUGUCGCUGGAGGGACUGCGUGUGCGCCAAGUGCACGCUGAUUGCGGAGAGGCAGCGGGUCAUGGCCGCGCAGGUGGCGCUGAGGAGGCAGCAGGCUCAGGAGGAGAGCGAGGCCCGGGAGCUCCGGCUCUUGUACCCCGGCGCAGGUAUCGGAGGAGACGCAGGGAUGCCUCAGGGAUCCCCUCUAAGCUCCGGAGUCCCUGCGUCUACCAGCGGCGCUCCAGCAGCAGGUCCUUGUUUUGAUGUGUUUGGAUCAGAGAGCCAUAAAGAUGAUGACAAAAUAAGAAAGUACAGCGUCUAUAAUGGAUUCAUGGGUCGGCCGCUCUUUGAACCCCACGCCGCGCGGCUGCCCUCUCCAAGUGACAAGAGGGAGAUGUCUCCCAGCAAGGACAACGCCACUUCAGGCAGCGUCGACAGUGGAAGUCCAUCGCCGGUCUUCGAUCAGCGCUCAGAUCACACGGAGAGCCCGCAGAGGUCCCUUUCCUCCUCGGACCACGAGUCGGGGAGCGAGUCGGAGAAACCCAAAGACUACACGAGCCCGGAGCGCGACCCCACCGACAUCAUGGCCAAGAUUUUCCCUCACCAGAAACGGGACACCCUGGAGUCUAUGGUGAGAACGUGCAAAGGUGACAUUGUCAAAUCCAUCGAGCUGGCGCUGUACUCGAAAGAGAACAAAGUUGACCCCGAAAGCACGUCUCCGUCUAGUCUCCCGUGCGCGCCCAGGCCUUCUGUUGGGCUGCCGGGCGCGCUUGGCGCUCUGGGGAACAAGUCCGCCUUCUCCCCGCUCCACAUACCGCCGGCUGCCGGCGGGGAGAGCCUGUACGGGCUCGGCCCUCGCCUCGGUGUCAGCCCCCUGCGGCUGGCGUAUUCCUCCGCAAGCGGCGGUAUGGCAGGCUUCAUGUCACCCUACAUGACAUCCGGACUGAUGCCGAUGUUUCCACUGCGUCCACCCUUGGACUCAUACUCCUUCCCGGGAAUGAUCCGAGACCUCUCGUAUCUUCAGAGCAAAGAGUCCCUGUGCGGUGCAGGCCUUUACACGCGACUUAGCGAGAAAUGACAAAUUCAUAAGGAAACGAUAUAUAUUUUCUUUAUGCUGUUGCAAACUGACUUUCAGGUUGACUUUUAAGUGACGUUUAAGCGCCUCCAAGCAGCUAAUGUGCAAAACUUGACAAUGUAUCCAAUGUUUUUUUAUGGUGUAAAUUUUGUAAAUAUUUUUUCAUUAUUAUUAUUAAUAAAGGUAUCUUUUUACUGUUUUA